AGUGAACUGGCUUAUGCAACAUUCAGUGUGGUUAUUGAACUUUGUGAAGAAAUACUAAAGCGGAAUGAAACUAAAUUGUCGUGUUCGGAGAGGACAGAGAGAAAAGGGCAGAGAGCAAGUAUAAAUAGUAACGGUGAGACAGCAGGUGAGUGUGGUUUUCUCGCUCAUCCAGGAAAAGCAUGAAGUGGUUUAUUCUGGUGGCUCUGUUCGGGCUCGGCCUCGCCCAGCACAACCCCCACACCAGGCAUGGCAGGACCAGCAUCGUCCACCUGUUUGAGUGGCGUUGGGCGGACAUUGCCGCAGAGUGUGAGCGUUUCUUGGCUCCAAAUGGUUUUGGUGGAGUUCAGAUCUCCCCUCCAAAUGAGCACAUUGUACUGAACAAUCCCUGGAGGCCUUGGUGGCAGAGAUACCAACCAAUCAGCUACAACCUUUGCUCCAGAUCUGGCAGCGAGGACGAACUGAGAGACAUGAUCACCAGAUGCAACAACGUUGGGGUCAACAUCUACGUGGAUGCUGUCAUCAACCACAUGUGCGGAGCCGGCGGUGGAGAAGGAACCCAUUCUUCAUGUGGAAGCUGGUUCAGUGCUGGCAGGAAGGACUUCCCCUCUGUCCCCUACAGCCACUUGGAUUUCAAUGACAACAAAUGCAAGACUGGCAGUGGCAAUAUUGAGAACUAUGGUGAUGCCAAUCAGGUACGUGACUGUCGCCUGGUCAGUCUGUUGGACCUCGCCCUGGAGAAAGAGUAUGUCAGGGGUAAGGUGGUCGACUUCAUGAACAAGCUGAUUGACAUGGGUGUGGCUGGAUUCAGAGUGGAUGCUUGCAAGCACAUGUGGCCCGGUGACCUUUCUGCUGUCUAUGGUCGUCUGCACAACCUCAACACCAAGUGGUUCUCUGGUGGCUCCAGACCUUUCAUCUUUCAAGAGGUUAUUGAUCUGGGAGGUGAGCCCAUUUCCUCUAGAGAGUAUUUCCAUCUGGGAAGGGUGACUGAGUUCAAAUAUGGUGCCAAACUGGGAACUGUCUUCAGAAAAUGGAACAACGAGAAGCUGCAUUACACCAAGAGCUGGGGAGAGGGAUGGGGUUUCAUGCCCAAUGGAAAUGCUUUAGUCUUUGUGGAUAACCACGACAACCAGAGAGGCCACGGCGCUGGUGGUGCGUCCAUCGUUACCUUCUGGGACUCCAGGCUCCACAAGAUGGCUGUUGCCUACAUGCUGGCCCACCCUUACGGAGUAACCAGGGUGAUGUCUAGCUUCCGCUGGAACCGCCAUAUUGUCAAUGGAAAGGAUCAGAAUGACUGGAUGGGCCCUCCCAGCCACGGUGACGGAUCCACCAAGCCUGUUCCCAUCAACCCAGACCAGACUUGUGGAGACGGAUGGGUGUGUGAGCACAGAUGGCGUCAGAUCAAGAACAUGGUUAUUUUCCGAAACGUAGUCAAUGGACAGCCUCAUUCCAAUUGGUGGGACAAUCAGAGCAACCAGGUUGCCUUUGGACGUGGCAAUCGCGGUUUCAUUGUCUUCAACAACGAUGACUGGAACCUGGAUGUGACCCUGAACACUGGCAUGCCCGGUGGCACCUACUGUGACGUCAUUUCUGGCCAGAAGGAAGGAAGCAGGUGCACUGGGAAGCAGAUCCACGUUGGCAGUGAUGGACGUGCCCACUUCAAGAUUAGCAACAGAGAUGAGGACCCCUUCGUUGCUAUUCAUGCCGAGUCCAAGCUGUAAACACAUCCCGACAAACUUUAAAGAAGUCUUAUUUCAACUGACUUGAUUGAUGAACUUGACACAUUACUGACACAAUUUAAAAAAUGCUAUGUAUGCUGAGUCAGAUCAUUUUUGCAAUUGAUUUUUUUGUUUGCCGAUUUAUUGAAAAUAAAGCCAUAUAUUUGUAUUUACAGUUUUCAGAAAAGAAAUGUCCGCUAUUGCAUCUGUAAUCACACCCAACACAUCAUGCUGACAUCACAGUCACCCCCUCCAGAACUCAGCAUCUUCCACUGAUACAUUCAAAUGGAGAUAAUAGAAAUACAUAACUAUAAAAUAAAAUAAAUAUAAACAUCAAAAACUGUUGUUGUAAAGUUCUGCUUUGUAAUAAACUGUUCUCCCCAUUCAUAGCA